AUGUCUUCUGUGGCUGAUAAUGCCGAUGACUUGACGCCAUCACGAUAUGUCGUGUACCAAGUGGCCAAAAUCAAAUCCGAGCUGAUAAAUUUUUUGAAAAAGGAUUCGUGUUCGAGUUGCGGCAGUCGCGAAGGCGGCGCCGCUGAGUGCGGUUGUGGAUCGCUGGCGCUGCUUCAGCCAGAUAGUCUUGGCGAGCAUCGUGGGCGCACAGCGUAG